AUGAAAUUGAUAAGUUGCAAUCAAGUUUUCAUCAAUGGGAAAGAAUUCUCCCCGACACUGGAGAACAAGUACAUCUCACGAAAGAGCUACUUGCUAAUUGUGAGAGCAUCAAAUGGCAGGAAGGUAGAUGAGUUGAACAAAACAAUAGAUGUGGCAGCAAAAUAUCCUUCUUGGUAUGGCAUUGAUAAUAGAGAACUUGAAAGCCGGAGAAGAUGGACCAUCACUACUCGUACUCAGGUAGGAGAUGUGAAAAAAUCUGUAGUAGCCCGAAAAGAAAAUGGUAAUUCCGCAAGUGCAAUACGCCGUGAAUUAAUGAAACUGCCAAUUUCGCAUCAGUCGGACAGAUCAUAUCAGGAUAGUGCAGAAGAUAAUGAUGACUUUAUCGCAUCAGAAUCAGAUAGACAAAUGCUUCUUAUAAAUGGUUCUAUGCAGCAGGAUGAGGAGUUGGAUGAACUUAGUGCAAGUUUUGAGAGAAUUGGAGGUGUUGGCCUUACAAUACAUGAAGAACUUAUUGCACAGGUGAAGAAAAUAAUAGAUGACUUGGGUACUGAAAUGGACAGUACAACAAACCGACUGGAUUUUGUUCAGAAAAAAGUGGCUAUGGUUAUGAAGAAGGCAAGUGCUAAGGGCCAGAUUAUGAUGAUAUUAUUUUUGCUAGUUUUGUUCAUUAUUCUAUUCAAUCUGGUCUUCCUCACUUAGUCUUCUGAUUGUUAUACACAAGUCUGAUAUUUGGAUAUAACCAUCGGAGCUGCGGAACAUAGAGGAGUUGGUUGGUAUGAUAUCAAAGUGUUGAAUAAACAAUGAUCAGAACAUGCUGAAUGAAGAAAGCAUUUUUCUUCUCUGCAUGUGAAAUUGUUGAACUUGAUUUAGGAUUAUGUAAGACAUGGAUAUAUGUAUAUGUAUACUUCUAAUUGUAAUAUAUGUAAAAACAAUUUAAAUAAUUGAGU